AUGGACAUCAUGGGGGCGAUCCAGACAGAUGCCGACAAGCAGGCGUUUGUAUCUGCUCUCUAUUAUGAGUCGGUGCUACACGAUUUACGCAAUUUGGUGGUCAACAAGCCGCCAUGCCCUAUGGCUACGGCCGUGUGUGACAUGCUCUCACAACUGGAAAGCGUUACGCUUAUGUACUCGGACGCCGCGACUAAAGAGAAGAUUGCACGGGACUUCAACGAUGCCUGCAGGUGGGCUCAGAAGCUGUGCCAGCAGAGACUCGAAUCCAAUAAAAUCACCAAUGCCAUUAGCGCAGAUGCCACUGCAGAUGCCACCACCGCAGAUCCCAGCCCUAACACGGAGGCCCUACCUCAUCUCUUUCGGCUACACCCUGGUGCAGUUGAGACGGGACACAUUGAUGCAAAAAAUGGAAAAACCAAUAAAAAAGAUGGAGAAUACGGAAAACACCGGCGCGAACGCGUACGCAUGGUAAAACCGAGGUUAUGCAACUUCGAACUUUGA